CGGCAGCUCAGGCAGCAGUAAUUUCCUGGCCAGUUCCUCCAAGGCCUGGGGUGGAGCCGGGAGAAGCAGAACGGCUUUCUCUGGGGUAUGUAGGACUGUGUUCUCCCUAGCUCUUGUUUCUAACUGGCACGGAGGUCCUUGGUAUACGGAUACAGGGGUGUCUGGAGAGCGAAAACACAACAGAGACUUGGGCAGACAGCCAUGAUGUCACUGAGCGUGAACACACAUUCCCCCAGCACCCAGGGAGACAUGGUGUUCAACCUGACCAUCUUGUCCCUCACUGAGCUCCUCAGCCUGGGCGGGCUGGUGGGCAAUGGAGUGGCCCUCUGGCUGCUCAACCAGAACGUCUACAGGAACCCCUUCUCCAUCUAUCUCUUGGAUGUGGCCUGUGCCGAUCUCAUCUUCCUCUGCUGCCACAUGGUGGCCAUCAUCCCUGAGCUGCUGCAGUACCAGCUGAACUUCCCUGCAUUUGUCCAUAUCAGCCUGGUGAUGCUGCGGUUCUUCUGCUACAUUGUGGGCUUGAGCCUCCUGGCGGCCAUCAGCACAGAGCAGUGCCUGGCCACUCUCUUCCCCGCCUGGUACUUGUGCCGCCGCCCACGCUACCUGACCACCUGCGUGUGUGCACUCAUCUGGGUGCUCUGCCUGCUACUGGACCUGCUGCUGAGCGGCACCUGCACCCAGUUCUUCGGAGCACCCAGCCACCUCCUGUGUGGGAUGCUGUGGCUGGUGGUAGCAGUUCUCCUGGCUGCCCUGUGCUGCACCAUGUGUGUGACCAGCCUGCUCCUGCUGCUGCGGAUGGAGCGUGGUCCAGAGAGGAACCAGCCCCGGGGCUUCUCCACCCUGGUCCUGUUGGCUGUCCUGCUCUUCCUCUUCUGCGGCCUGCCCUUUGGCAUCUUCUGGCUGUCCAAGAACCUGUCCUGGCACACACCCCUCUACUUCUACCAUUUCAGCUUCUUCAUGGCCAGUGUGCACAGUGCAGCCAAGCCUGCCAUCUACUUUUUCUUGGGCAGCACACCUGGCCAGAGGUUUCGGGAACCCCUCCGGCUGGUGCUCCAGCGAGCACUGGGGGAUGAGGCUGAGCUGGGAGCUGUGAGAGAAGCUUCCCAAGGGGGACUUGUGGACAUGACUGUCUAAGCACAGUGGGUCACAACUGCAGCUCCAGCCCAUGGAGGCCUUGGGAGCUGCCUGAUGAUGUAGGUAAAGCUGAGAUCAGAGCUCCAUUGGUAAGAACCUGGAGGGACAUCUUUGCUGGUGACCCAGUCAUGUGUCCCCUGGGAGGAUUCUGGGAAGAGGCAGACAGAGAGUGAUGUUUCUGGGGUUGUGCAUGUUAGGCAGAGCUCCAGGACCACCUCAUGACAGCUGCUUCCGUAGCCACCCAUCCCCCUCCUCCGUGGCUACAGUGAGGAGACAGGGCAGGCAUGAGACAGUCAUGGUGGUGGGCAACUUCUCUCUACCACUAGCAUCCUCCUAGCUAGAGUGUGGGGUGACUUUUCUCUGUGCCCCAUACUCCUUCCAUUAGUGAGGGAUAAAUAACCCUGAAACUGGACAUUCAGUUAGGUAUGGGGAAAUAAGUGGCUUGGAAGUCCUCAGUGGCUGAAGUAUAGCAGAAAGCAUCCUCCUGACUCCACAUCACCACCAGAAAGCAAAGCUGCCACAGGCCUGCCAUCCCAGCUGCUUGAGAAACCAUGGCAGGAUUGUAGCCUUUGACUGGGCUAUAUCUGUAACUCUAGUUCCAGGGGAUCUGUCUCCCUCUUUUGGCUUCUGCGGGCAUUGCAUGCAUGUGGUAUACACACAUAUACAUAUAUACAUACAUACAUACAUACAUACAUACAUACAUACAUACAUGUGUGUGAGUCCAAAUGUUCGCACACGCGCGCACGCGUUCACACACGCGUGCACACGCGCGCACGCGUGCACACACGCGUGCACACGCGCGCACGCGUGCGCACACACACACACACACACACACACACACACACACACACACACAGUGAAAAUAGAGUUCAAGGUCAGCUUAAGUUUUAGAGGACCCAUCUCAGGAAACAAAGCACAGAGGGAACUGUGUAGAAGAGAGAGACCACUGGAUGUAAACCCCACCCAACACUUCAGAAAAGCUAGUGGCUCUUGGGUCUGAAUCUCAAAGUGAGGUUCUCUGUGUGGGCAGCAAGAUCCCUCCCAAUGCACCUUUACCUAGCAGGACAGAGCCCAGGGCUUCAGCACCUGGACAGUUCCUGGCUCAUUCUCUGUCCUGGAGAGGACCUACCCGUCUAGCAGGGGUUCUCUGAGGAAGCAGCCUGGCUGCAGGCCACCACAGGUGCCUGAGCUCCUGCCUAGCCAGAAGCACAGAGAUGAAUGGGAGCCGCCCCCCCCCCCCGCCCCCUGCCACAAUCCAGGCACAAGCGGCUGAGAUCCAGGACUUGGGAGCCCACCAGCCUUGGGAGGGCUUGCCACCAUCCAUGGAUCAUCGCACUAACUCAGCCCUUACUUUUCUACACUUCCUCUUUGAAUACAGUCAGUUGACUUACACAUAUGCAGUGCUCAGAGUUGUGUCCAGCAAGUCCCAAGAGGAUGUUAUUACAUCAUCAACACUCCAGGCCCACAUUCAUGACUUGCUGGUCUCCUUUGACAUCUGUGUGGGUGUAGUUCUGACUUGAACCAGGCCAACAGAUGGAGGGACAUUUGGUCUCCAUCACAACUAAACUUAUUCCUGAGUCUGGACAUGGACAGCAGAACCCCGCCUGGCAUCCCAGAAUUGGCAACUCACUCCCCCCAUCUCCACUCAGGUUGUGCUGGAAUACAUCCUGUGGUAUGGUGCCUUCACCUCAAAUUCUCUGGCAAAUAUAAAUGCAUGGAUACCAGAAGGCUAGGAGCUUGGCGUGCUGGUCCUCCUCUUCCAAAGGAGUCCUUUGCAUCCCCCAUGAGGGCCUUCCCUCCUCCACACUGGAGCUUAGAAGCCAGUGUGGCCAUCUGUCCGCCUCCAGGACAGGAUUCCUAACUUCAGUUUCUCAGCUUGGAGAACUGAGAGCAUUAAGGGAAGUAGCCUGCCCACAAGUCCAAUUUUUGGCCUCUGGACACCCACUUCCCCCUGGAGGAAAGUCCAUGCCAGCCUUACAGGUGUCUACGCAACUGGGCAUUAGCCCAGAGUCUUUGAGGCUCAAAGAAGUCCGUGAGACAACCUGGAACAUGGCACAGACCCUCUACUCCUCCACAGUUAGCUUCAGCUGCUGACUUGACACAGUUCAAAGUUAUCUGAGGGAGUCUCAGCUAGGAAACUCUUUUGGUCUGUGUACAUUGUCUUGAUUGCUAAUACAUGUGGGAGAGCUCACUCCACUGUGAGCAGAGCCACUCGUAGGCAAAUGGACCUGGGCUAGAUAAAAAGCUAGCUGAGCACCAGCCCAGGGGCAAGUCAGUAAGUGGCUUUCCUCCAUGAUUCCUGCCUCUACUUUUACUUGAGUUUCUGCCCUGACUGCCCUCAGUGAUGGACGGCGACCUGGAAGUGUAAGUCCUGAGUGCCCUCAGUGAUGGACAGCAACCUCGAAGUGUAAGCCCUGACUGCCCUCAGUGAUGGACGGUGACCUGGAAGUGUAAGUCCUGACUGCCCUCAGUGAUGGAUGCUGACCUGGGAGUGUAAGCCAAAUAAAGCCUUUCCUCCUUGA